UUUCUCUGCCAACUGUAGCAGGGGGCACCCUGAUCCUUGGACUGAAUCUCCUCUCCUUGAUCCUUAAGGGAACGCCGUUCUUUGAUCCCCGUUCAAACUGCAAUUCUCUUCUCUGCCUCGAUAUUGUAGAAAUUACAUGUAACUUGCAUGACUGUUUAUUGGCGUUUCAUCCACCGUGUUCAAGAAUUUAAGCUUUUCCCCCCGUAAACGGUGGGCAAGGAGAUUGUCGUAGAACCUAGAAGGGAAGCUAGCUAUAUCGGCGUUUCUUCUUUAACGUCAUAAAGCUGGAGGCAAUUGCGUCGACUGAAAUUAGAGCAGAAUGUAUUGCAAUUUUCUGGAGCAUGCAGCAGAGUAUGUGAAGCAGGCGGUUCAUGAGGAUGAUGCUGGAAACUAUAAGAAGGCAUUUACUCUUUAUAUGAAUGCAUUGGAAUACCUAAAGACCCAUUUGAAGUAUGAGAAGAACCCCAGGAUCAAGGAAACAAUAACCGAGAAAUUUGUUCAAUACUUGAGGAGGGCAGAGGAGAUACGUGCCAUUCUUGAUAAAGGAGAAAGUGGGCCUAACUUGUCUGGUGGUGCAGCUCAAUCUAAUGUUGUGAGACCAAAUACAAAGCCAAAGAGUGGGGAAGCUGGAGAUAAAGAUGAUCCAGAGAAAGCAAAGCUGAAGGCUGGUCUUGAUUCUGUAAUAAUCAGAGAGAAACCAAAUGUCAAAUGGAGUGAUGUUGCUGGGCUUGAGAAUGCCAAACAAGCAUUACAAGAAGCCGUAAUAUUGCCUGUUAAGUUCCCUCAAUUUUUUACCGGGAAGAGACAACCAUGGAGAGCAUUUCUUUUGUAUGGUCCCCCUGGAACAGGGAAGUCAUAUUUAGCAAAGGCUGUAGCUACAGAAGCAGACUCAACAUUCUUCAGUGUUUCAUCAUCAGAUCUAGUCUCUAAAUGGAUGGGUGAAAGUGAAAAGCUGGUUUCUAGUCUUUUCCAAAUGGCUCGUGAAAGUGCUCCUUCAAUUAUUUUUAUUGAUGAGAUAGAUUCUUUAUGUGGCCAACGAGGUGAAGGCAAUGAAAGUGAGGCGUCUAGACGCAUCAAAACUGAACUUCUCGUACAAAUGCAGGGUACAGGUAAAGAAGAUCAUAAAGUUCUCAUUCUUGCUGCCACCAAUACUCCUUAUGCUCUGGAUCAGGCCAUCCGACGACGUUUUGACAAGCGAAUCUACAUACCUCUCCCAGACAUGAAGGCCAGGCAGCAUAUGUUUAAGGUGCAUCUUGGAGAUACCCCGCAUAACUUAACUGAAAAAGAUUUUGAGGAAUUGGCUCACAAAACUGAUGGAUUUUCUGGUUCAGACAUUUCCGUUUGUGUUAAGGAUGUACUUUUUGAACCAGUUCGUAAGACCAGGGAUUCCAAGUUCUUUAGGAAAACCUCCAGGGGAAAGUGGAUCCCUUGCGAGCCUACUGAAAAAGGCGCUGUUAACAUUACCCUGCUAGAACUUGAUGCGCAAGGCCUUGCUUCAGAGAUUGUGCCACCACCGAUAACAAGGGAAGAUUUUGAUAAAGUAUUAAGGAGGCAGAAGCCAACAGUAAGUAAAGCUGAUCUUGAGGUGCAUGAGAGAUUUACCCAAGAGUUUGGAGAGGAGGGUUGACUGCUAUGUGGUCACUUUUGGACAUUAUAUGUACCCAUUAUAAAGUAGACAAGCCUUGAUAAAUAGAAUAAAUAGCUGGCACGGGGUUAGGCUUAGCUUAACCAGUAGUUUCAGGUUUCUAAAUACUUGUCGGGAGAACUUUGCCACCCUUAUGGUCUUUCCCCGCUUGACUCAAAUUAGUUUGAGUCUAAUGUAAUUUCUGAAUAUUGGUUGAUUUGAUACCAUAAUUGUGUAAAUUGUUACCACCGUAUAGAGAUGAAGUUCUAGUAAUACCCUUGGUAACUCCCAUUUCC